CAUACUUAAAGGUAUCAAUCGUCUCUAUCCCCCGACCACACCAAGAUCAAGAACAUACACACCGUGAAGUGACGUGAUCCCGAAGAGGAAAGAGCAGACGAACGAAAUCCUCCAGUAUCCGAGUCCCCUCCCCCCUCCCAAUCCGCCCCUUUCAUCCUCGGCCAUCCCUGUCCAACACCCUUAACCCUCUACGCACCAAAAUCUUCCUCCCCCUCUUUCAAAUCACCUUCAAUCUUCCUUACCAUCCUUUCUUCAUUGACCGCUCAGGCUCUCAUUUGAGCUAGGCGCCGGUCAGCUUGACGGGAGCGCGCUCGCCUCUCAGGGCAAUGGAGGGCAAGGUCGCGCGCUUCACCAUCUCGCCGAGCGGCGCUGACUCGCCUGAUCUAGCAGAAUGUGGGGCCAGCGCGCCGGUGGGGCCUGAGAAGAAAGAGGACGCGUCGUUGUUAUUCAAACCCAUUGCUGCGGCUCCACUUACGUUGAAUAGCGUGAAUGCGGUUGCUAGUGCGUCUACUGCAGCCCCGGGUUCAUCAUCACCGACCCCCAUGGCCUUGAGCGGCAAAGAAUUGGAAGAGGAGACCAUGAAACAGGUGACGGCUACCACCACCACCACCACUGCUGCCACAGCCACCGCCACCACCACAACCACUACGGUUCCGGGGAUGGGAGUGGAGAAUCCUGAGGAUGCCAACAAGGCCGACGACGAGUCUGACGAUGAUGAAGCCGAGAUUGUAGAGGAAUCGCCCACUGGACGAUGGCUCAAGCGCAAAGAACAGAUCAAGUAUCGGGAUGUGCCCGGGAUUGACACGGCCUACUUGGCCAUGGAUAGCGAAGAAGGCUUCGAAGUGGUGUGGAAUGAGGCCCAAUUCUCGACGGCCAAAAAGUUCGCGUCCCAAGAAGAGAAGCUCAAGGGCGUGUUUGAGGCCCUGACACUUAUCGAUCACCCCAAUAUCGUCAGAUUUCAUAACUACUGGAUUGACAAGGGCAAUCCAAAUGAGAAAAAAGCCCCAAGGCUCGUGUUCAUCACCGAAUAUAUGUCCUCCGGGUCCCUGAAGAACUUUUUGCGGAAAACCAAGAAAAACAACCGUAAAAUUGCACUCCAAUCGUGGAAGCGUUGGUGCACGCAGAUCUUGUCAGCAUUGAGCUAUCUCCAUCAGACGUGCACACCACCCAUCAUUCAUGGUAAUCUCACCUGCGAUACCAUUUUCAUUCAGCACAAUGGUCUGGUCAAAAUCGGAUCCAUCGCUCCUGAUAUCAUUCAUCAAAAUGUCAAAACUUGCCGUGAAAACAUCAAAAACUUGCAUUACUUGGCACCUGAAUGGGGAGAGGAGGGAGUUAUUCCAGAUACAGCCAGUGAUAUCUACUCAUUCGGCGUGUGUGCUCUGGAAACUGCUGCUCUUGACAUUCAGCCAUCCACGCCUCAAGUGACGUCCUCCAAUGCGGCUUCCAGCGCCACCUCCGCCGGUGGUUCCAACACUUCUACCAAUAUCCAAGGGGCCUCCACCACUUCCAAUCCGUCUUCCGGAUCUUCAACCAGUGCUUCGACAAUUGGCUUGAGCGAGAAGGUUGAAGGAAAGGAGCCUCCGCCCAAGGGAGCUAAUCCCUCGGGGAGUUCCGGAACGACCAGCGAAAACCACGGCGCCACCACCGGAGGCGUCAUCACCGAAGAGAUGCUCUUCCGAGCUAUUGAUCACUUGGAUGACGAGAUGCAAAAGGAUUUCAUCCGGAAGUGUAUGAACAAAGAUCCCAAGGCUCGGCCCACGGCGCGAGAUCUUCUAUUCCAUCCAGUGUUGUUCGAAGUGCACUCGCUCAAGCUUUUGGCCGCUCACAGCUUGGUCAACGCUCCAGGCAAUAUCAACGAGACUAUGGAUGACGAUGCCACCAAGGCUCACUACAGUUCUCAAACGGUCAAGGCCGCAGUUCUCAAAUCUGGCGAGCAGAAAGAGUUCAAAUUGUCCGAUUUUCCCGUUGCCGAAAAAUUGGAAAAGUUCAUGGAGGACGUCAAGAACGGCAUUUAUCCCAUUACUGCCUUCCCUUUGCUUCAGGGAGCCUCAGCAGCUCCAAAAACGCGUGCUUGCUCCCCGGAAAAUGUGGUAGACGAAAAACGCAAUUUGGGCACGCCCGAGCCCGAAAAAGGCGAGGUCAAUAAUCCGAAGAUGCUCAACCAGAUCCUCGUGGCCGUCGGGUUUGGCGAUAACGAGGGCGUGGACCCCCUAAAAUUCCACGUGGUUUGUGUGGGAAAGUGCGAAGAUGGUAUCUUCCGACAGGUUCACGCUCCCCUAGAUUUCUCCAUUCACACCCCUGGGGUUUUGGCUGAAGAGCUCAUCGCCCAACGGUAUUACGUGUUGGAUAACGUGGGAGCUUUGAGUGCAGCUUUUGCGGACGGAAUCCGAAGAUUCGCCCAAUUGGUCGCCACUUUAGCCCUGGGUGAACCGCCCGAGAUCGAAGAGGGAGAAUUUGGUGAAGAAGUCUUGGAAUUGCGCACCCAAGAGCAAUAUCGUGCCAUUCUGAACGGGUUCACGUGGUACGAUACGGAUCAUCCGGAGCAAACCAAACGCGAGGAGGCCUACGAUCCCGAAUUUGUCAAGAAUCAUCGCGAUGCCUUCAACAUCACUCUGCAAUAUCCCAUGCCCGAGGGUAUGCAAUGGUUACCUCCAUUUACGGAGGAUGCCGAGUUCCUCAUGCAGCAGAAUGAAGUGCCUCAAAAUAUCAAUGCCUUUGAUUAUCGCCACUUGAGUGAGGAUCAGCUCUACGAGAUGAUCGAACAGAACUACGGGUUCGUCCCCUAUGGAGCACGGAAUCUACCGCCGCCUAAUAAUGAUGAUUCAGCUCCGUCGUUUACGCCGCAAAACACGGAUAGCGGUCCCACUUACACGCCCUCGCAAGCUCGACCCGACGGCCAAUAUGACGCCCUGUCUCACCUUCAAGAAGCCCAGAAGGCCUUGGAAAACUACGAGAAAAUGGAACGCCAACAGCUGCAACAGCAGCAGCAAAUUUUGUCACAGCCACAACAGCACCCACAGCACCACCAUCACCAAAGCUUGGGGGUGAGUGAGCAAGAGCACCUUCACCAGCAACAGCAACAGUUACACCAACUUCAACACCAGCAACAGCAAAUCCAUCUUCAGCAGCAGCAGCAACAACAACAACAGCCACCACAGCCACAACCACAGCAGCAGCCAGGAAACGAGAACAACACCAUAUAGACCACAUUAAUCUCUUGUAGAGAAAUUGUCUGAAUAUUGUCAGGUCUAGUAGAUGCCAAUUUAUGUCUCGUCGCCACUCGAACUUGGAAACCACCUGCUAUAUUGAUUGUUCUCUUUGAUCAUCGCAUUACGACUUUGCCGCCAUUGCUACUACUACUACUACUACUAAUAUUAUUAUCAUCAUUAUUA